AUGCCAAAAACCCCACGUAAACCGAGAGCGCACACUGGGUAUGCUGCUCGACAUAUUGGCCGUCCUGUGAAAAGGAAAUCCAGAAAUCGAUUUCCUGACCGUUUCCACUCCGCAACUUGUGAAGCAUUAUGUUCGAACGUAGGGUAUGCUCCAGAGGUGGUCAUGUCUGAUAUCACGGACCUCGAGCUUCUGAAUAGCUGGCAGAAGUGUUCCGUACAGGAUGUAUUGGUCGAAUUCCGGAAAAUUGUCGACUCAUCAUUUGUGAAUGAUUGUGUCGUUUGCGACAUGUUAUUUUCACGACCUUUCAAGGCCUGCGGACAUAUACUUUGUGGAGCUUGCCUGAAUCGCCUUCCCCGCGAGGGUGUCGAAGUCAACAUUGGUUCCAUUCAUCAUCACACAUGUCCUAUCUGUCGCGGGACGGUCAGAUCCAUGCCAUUGAAGUCGGACGCUUUACAGCGCACAGUCGGCGAGCUAUUUGGUCUUUCAACCCCUCGUCCGGAAGAUAUGGAGAUCGAUGAUCUUGGUGCCACUCGACCAAAUUAUUCAUAG